AUGCAGUCUCCGAGCUCGCUUCGCCUCGUCGCGCUCGCGGUCUCAGCGUCAAUCGCCUCUCUGACCUCAACCGCUCAGCUCGUGGGCACCAACACGGCUGAAGUGCACCCGCCGCUCACGACCCAGACGUGUACCAAGAGUGGCUGCAAAGACGACAAGACGUCCGUCGUGCUCGACUCGAACUGGCGCUGGCUGCACAAAGACGGCGGCACGACCAACUGCUACACGGGCAACACGUGGGACAAGACGUUGUGUCCGGACCCCAAGACGUGCGCCUCAAGCUGUGCUAUGGACGGCGCGGACUACACGGGCAUCUACGGCAUCACGGCUGAAGCCGACAGCUUGAGCUUGAAGCUCGUGACAAAAGGGCCGUACGGCACCAACGUCGGCUCGCGCGUCUACAUCAUGGACGAGGACGACGAGCACUACCGGAUGUACAUGCUGUUGAACCAGGAGUUCACGUUUGACGUGGACGUGUCGGAGCUCGACUGCGGACUCAAUGGCGCGCUGUACUUUGUCGAGAUGGAAGCUGAUGGCGGCAUGAAGCAGUUCCCGACGAACAAGGCCGGUGCCAAGUACGGCACGGGCUACUGCGACGCGCAGUGUCCGCAAGACAUCAAGUUCAUCAACGGCGAAGCCAAUAUCAUCGGCUGGGACCCGAGCAAGUCGGACAAGAAUGCGGGCUCGGGCAAGUACGGCGCCUGUUGUGGGGAGAUGGAUAUCUGGGAAGCCAACAGCAUCAGUAACGCGUACACGUCGCAUCCGUGCUCGAUCACGACCAAGACCAAGGGCGCGCACCGCUGUGCGUCGGAGAAGGAGUGCGGAGUCGACAAGAACCGCUACAGCGGCGUCUGUGACAAGGACGGCUGCGACUUUAACCCGUACCGGAUGGGGAACAAGACGUUCUUUGGCCCGGGCGCGGACUUUACGAUCGACACGACCAAGAAGUUCACGGUCGUGACGCGGUUCAUCACGGACGACAACACGGCGAAGGGCACGUUGACGGAGAUCACGCGGCAUUACGUACAGGACGGCGUGACGCACGAGAUGCCGCGUUCGACUCACAAGGCGAUCAAGGACAUGAACUCGUUGACGGACGCCAAGUGCGCGAGCACCAAGACGCUCUUUGGCGACAAGGACGACCACAAGGCCAAGGGCGGUCUCGCGCAGAUGGGGCUCUCGAUGAGUCGCGGGAUGGUGCUCACCAUUAGUUUGUGGGCAGACCACGCGGCCCAGUGUCUGUGGCUGGACUCGGACUACCCCGUGACAGCUGCCAAGUCGAAACCAGGUGUCUCGCGUGGCACGUGUGCGACGACGUCCGGUGUCCCGGACGAGGUCAUUGCCAAGCAGGCUGAAUCGACUGUUAAGUUCACUAACAUCCGCAUUGGAGACAUUGGCACGACGGUCAAGGGCAUCAGCAUUGGCAAGAGCUCUGCGGUUACCCAGGACGACUCGGAGGAAGACACGACGGCUACCAAACAGUCCGAUGACACGCCGUCAGUGGACGCAGCAGCGGUCAAGGGCAACUCGGAAGUCGCGGGUGAGGCGGGCGAGGAUGCGGUGGAUGGUGCUGCUACGAAGGAGACUGAAGAGGAGGAGGUGGAUCCUGCUGCUACGAAGGGGGCUGAAGAGGAGGAGGUAGACCCUGCUGCUACGAAGGAGACUGAAGAGGAGGAGGUGGAUCCUGCUGCUACGAAGGGGGCUGAAGAGGAGGAGGUAGACCCUGCUGCUACGAAGGAGACUGAAGAGGAGGAGGUGGAUCCUGCCGCUACGAAGGGGGCUGAAGAGGAGGAGGUGGAUCCUGCUGCUACAAAGGAGACUGAAGAGGAGGAGGUGGAUCCUGCUGCUACAAAGGAGACUGAAGAGGAGGAGGUGGAUCCUGCCGCUACGAAGGGGGCUGAAGAGGAGGAGGUGGAUCCUGCUGCUACAAAGGAGACUGAAGAGGAGGAGGUGGAUCCUGCUGCUACAAAGGAGGCUGACUCGGAAGAGGAGGUGGAUGCUGCUGCUACGAAGGGAGGCGACCCCGCUGCUACGAAAGAGGCAGGAGACGCGAGCCCCGUUGUUCCUUUAGAAGCCGACGACUCGGAGGUGGACCCCAUUGUUGCGGGAGUGGCCACGAGCGUCGGUGCAGAGGAGGCGUCGCCCACGAAGCCAACUACUGCGUGCAAGCGCCGUCAGCGUCGUCAUUAG